GGUGCCUUUGGCACUCAGCCGCGUGGGCAGCGGUGCAGAUUAGUGCGAGCCGAGCGAGCGGUGCGCUUCAGAUAGAAAGAGAGCGAGAGGGACGUACGUACGCGGAGACGCCCCAUCCCGGGGCUCGUCGGAUGGAAGCGCAGGGUGUUCUGGACGGGCUCCGGUCCCGGGUGUUGUUGCCUCGCCGCGUGGGGCGGGCUCCGCGCGCCUUCGGCUGGGCUUUGCCCACGGCGGUGCUGUGCGGCUACGGCUUCUUCGCCAACUUGCGGCCGUCGGAACCUUUCCUCACGCCUUACCUGUUGGGACCGGACAAGAACCUCACCGAGACUCAGGUCUUCAAUGAAAUUUAUCCAGUAUGGACUUACUCCUAUUUGGUGCUGCUCUUUCCUGUCUUCCUGGCAACAGACUAUCUCCGCUACAAGCCUGUCAUCCUCCUACAAGGACUAAGCCUUAUAGUGACAUGGUUUAUGCUGCUUUAUGCAGAAGGACUGCUGGCUAUUCAGUUCCUGGAGUUCUUUUAUGGACUGGUGACUGCCACGGAAAUUGCCUAUUAUUCCUACAUCUAUAGCGUUGUGGACCUAACGUUGUAUCAAAAAGUCACAAGCUACUGUCGGAGUGCUGCGCUUGUGGGUUUUACAGUGGGCUCUGUUUCUGGACAAAUCCUGGUGUCUGUAUUUGACUGGCCUCUGUUCAAUUUGAAUGUGAUCUCUCUCACUGCUGUGUCCGUUGCCUUCGCCAUGGCCUGGUUUCUGCCCAUGCCACAGAAAAGCCUUUUCUUUCACCAUCGACAGUCAAGCACCCAGGUCAGUAAGGAAACGAAGGUUGUAGAUCCUGCCUUAAAGAGGGUUCCUGGGUGGGAAGAUGUUGAAUCGGAGAUCCCUUUAAAUAGAGAUGAGCAUCCAGCAGUGCAACAGGAGCAGAAAGUGGACAUUGUGAAAGUAAUCAAAGAGCUCUGGCAGGACUUCCUUCGGUGCUACUCAUCCCGGCCUCUGCUGUGUUGGUCUGUUUGGUGGGCGCUCUCAACAUGUGGUUACUUCCAAGUCAUAAACUAUGCUCAAGGUCUAUGGGAAAAAGUGCUGCCUUCUCAGACCUCUAAGAUCUAUAACGGUGGUGUGGAGGCUGUUUCCACACUGUUGGGAGCUGUGGCUGUGUUUGUUGUGGGCCACAUAAAAAUAUCUUGGGCUACCUGGGGCGAGAUAGCCUUAGCCAUGUUUUCCCUGUGCAUUGCUGCUGCCGUAUAUAUCAUGGACAGUGUUCAUAACAUCUGGGUCUGUUAUGCUUCGUAUGUAGUAUUCCGAAUUCUUUAUAUGCUGCUCAUCACAAUUGCAACUUUCCAGAUUGCAACAAAUCUAAGUGUAGAGCGCUAUGCUCUUGUUUUUGGCAUCAAUACAUUCAUUGCCCUGGCAUUGCAGACUCUGCUCACAGUGAUUGUUGUUGAUGCAAAAGGGCUUGGCCUGGACAUAUUCACGCAGUUCAUGAUCUAUGCUGGCUACUUUGCUGCCAUAGCAGUAGUGUUCUUGAUCAGUGGGACAUGCAGUAUUAUCAAGAAAUCCUGGACGAAGGAGAGGAGAAAUGAAGCAACAACAGAUGGUGCUUAAAAUGAAGAAUAUGGACUUGUUAAGCCCCUGUGUUAGGGAAGGGGGAUCUAUUUAAAUAUGCUGGUUCCUAUUUAUUAAUGUAUCCAGAUGCUGUUAAUUCAAGACUGUUACCUAAAUUGUCCUUGAUACAUGUUUGUACUAUAUUAGUAGCAUAAAUUAGGAACAGAUUUACUUAUAUCUUACGUAAGUAAGAAUUUUAUAUGCAACACAUUGGUCUUGGAUAAUGCCUUUUAGGUCAAAACUGCAUAACUAGAGAUGGUCAGAAGCCUCCUUGAGAUUUACUGAUUGCUUCCUGAAACCAGCAAGCCCAUAAAUCAGCCACUGAAGUGAAGGUGUUGUUGAAACUAGCCCAGUUCAUGCUGUUACAGGGGUCUUGGUAGGCUGGGUUUUGCGGGUAUAGAAGAAAUAUUAAGGCAGUGAGGUAUACCAAAAGUAGUCUUAAGUCAAGUUGGACAUAGCAGAAGAACUCUACCAAGGCUGGUAGAAGCAAACUCAUGAAUAUUGAAUAGACUUAUCAUAUACAUGUGCAAACACAUUUCACAAUGUAGUAGGUCAUGUAUUGUCUGCCUUUUGAUAUUUCUAAAGGCUCAGCUUCCUUUGAUUACCCUUGCUCAGCAAGGUUAAAUAGAUGGAUUAUCCUGCUGACCACAUGUCAGUUAUACAUCUUCAUUCAUCAAUAAUAUAGGGCACAGAGAGCAUGUGAUGAAAAUUUGGCUUGGUUUGGCAUCCUUAAAACCUCAGUUACCCUUCGAUUCCCUGAAAGCUUUCUUCAACUCCACAGAUUUUCAUGACACCUGGGAGAAUGAACUCUCACAACAGUAAUGUUAUUUUGCUUAACUCAUAAUUGAAACCUUGAUUAGCAUUUUCCUCUAUUGCUAAUAUGUUUUCCAGUGGUGACCAAAUGCGUUUGACAACACUGGAUGAAAUCUCAUCCGCAAGAAUUUAGAAUAUCAGAUUCUGUCUAUUCAUCCAUUGUAGGAUGGAUGUGGAGUGGGAUUAAACUGCAAGAGUGUUUACAUGGUUUGUGUUUGUAAACACUAUGGGGAACAGGGAUGCUGCUAAAUUACAUGUUCUAUUUCCUCUUCCUUUCCAUGUCCACUGUUACUUCCUGUGACAAGCAAAAUAAUUGCAAAUGAGAGGGUUGAAUGAAUCAGUAACAAGGAGCAUUUGCCUCAGGAUUGCAGGGUUGUUUCCUGGCAAGCUGCUAAGGAUGUUAGACCAGCCUAAAUAAUGAAGCUGUUGUCAGUGGUACAUACUUUAACAUGAAAACCACUUCUAUGUAACUUAAAGCCAUAAGUAGGUUUUACACCUGAAGACUGCACAUUUUCCUUAGCUGUGUAUACAGACUUUGGGAGGCCACUGCUAGUUGUGUUUCCUAAUUCAUGUAAAUCAAGCAGAUAUGGGUGUGGUGGUUGUAUGUUCAAGACAGAAGUGCUCUGCAAGUGGGAAAACCAGUGUGUGAAGUAUGAGACCUGUUCACUGUAAGUAUCCAGUACUUGUUCAUCUAGUGCUCUCUUUACUACAUUAAAAUCCAAAUGAGGAAAAUGGAAAGAAGCUUGGGAGAGAAGUGUUGGGUAACCAAAGAGGAAGAUGGACCUAUUCAAGCAGCAAAUACUUAUUGCCUCUGGGCCAAGAUAUGACAUUCAUUUCGUGAAUUCAAUUAACACACACUCUCUCUAUAUAUUGGGACUGGGGGUCUGUGAAGAGGGAGUUUUUAACUCUUGCUCCUAUUGCUGGGUUCCUAAUAAAAAUUACUUUUAUUUGCAUUUCAAGGGAAACCUCCCUUGGUGUCAAGGGGAACUUCUGUGGUAUGCAAAUAGUAUCUUCUGAGAGCUGCUUUUUGUUGUGACACAGGGAGAGAGUUAAACUCCAGGCUUCCCUUCAGCUGCUACUUGCACUGCAAUUGUGAAUGUUAAAGGAAAGCGCACAACUCAUGUCUAGAUUAGCCUUCUGUGUUCCUCCUGGGGGGGAACUGAAAUAACUAGGAAGACCUCAUCUCUGGAUAAACCCUGUUAAUAUAAUGUAGAUGACCAAGAUGUCUUCCUUGCCUAAGAGUUGCCUUGUAGUAAUUUGCAUAACUGGUUAUGCAGGACUACUCCAGUCUGAUGAAUGUAAGCUUGGAGAUGGCUCCAGGUUCUCUUGCAUUGUUGUAAUGGUAUUGGAAUAGGAAAACACUACUCUAGCCAAGUGGCAAACCUAUUUUUUAAAUCAAAUAAAAUUAUUUUAUGAUAUUCUUUAAAGUUUACUUGUUAUUAAUAGUGCAAUGUUAUAAUUACAUUAAAUGACCUUCAUAACAGUUCUUACAAUUUCAUGAGAAAAUCCAGCUCCCAAAUUUUGCUAGCUAACAGAAUAAAUCACACACACUUCUCUGUAGCUUAAGAAAAUAUAUAUACUGGGAGCUACAUUACAGUGGUUUUCAACCAGUGUGCUGUGGCAACCUGGGGUGCCUUAAAUGAUGGGUUGCCGCAGGCAACACUAGCCUCUGUCCCUCUUUCCUUCUCUCCCUCUGAUGCCUUCUCGCAUUUCUCCCUACCAAAGGCUUGCACAGCUGUUCAUUGCAGCAGCCCUGGCUACAAGCUCCCCAGGCAAAUGGUGCCUCUGGGGCUGGCCGAGGGCUGCUUCCCAGGCCCCUGUGGGGCAGUCUGAAGAGGCACCUCUCUUUGGGUCAGGGGGUCAGCUCAAAGACUGGGGGCAGCAGCUGCCCAAGGAGAGGGGAGAGGAGGCUGAGAGAACACAAGGGAGGGUGUUUGAAAAAGGGUGAGAGGCUGCCAGCUUGGCAGGCAAGGGGUCACAUAAUGGCUUCUGAGCCCCACAGGGGCGCCACAGAAUGUAGUUGGUCAAGGGAGCCAUGGACCCCCAAAUGGUUGAACACCUCUGGCUACAUUAGAUAAAAGUAAUCGGCCUCCUAGAUGAGGAAUUCUGCUUGUUGACAGCAAACUUGUGUGGCAAAUGCAAAUUAAGGCAAACCUGGGUCUGAGAAAUGACAGCAAGUUAAUCUCGCUGGGUAGGAAACAAUUACGUACAAAGUACAGUGGUACCUCGGGUUUUGAACAACUUAGUUC